GUUCGUUUUUUUCUCCCGCGUAUCGAAAUCAUGCAAAUUCUUGAGAUUUGGUUUGCUUUACUUCACCGCGGGUCAUGAAACUCAAAUGCAAGCUUGAAUCGCAUCAUCGUAUACCCCCGCCCGUUUUAUCCAUUCUUGUCGGACGCUUACCGCAAGUCUCAACCCCAUUGCCGCACCGUUCACCCAAUCCACUGUCUCCGAGACAAGACGAUCAAGAUGACAGUUGGAAUAAUGAUUGGGAUUGGGAGGAUGACGACGAGGACGAGGACGACAAGUCAAGCGACGACACUUCCGUCGAACUACCGCCGGUGAAUGAAGCUUAUCUAGCUUCGGCAUCGCCAGUGGGUCGCUAUAUUCUUCUCGCCCAUCAGACAAAGUUUGUCAUGUUAGCACUUCAUGAAGAAGAGGACGAGUAUUAUGCUGUUGGACAAGGAUCCGGAUGUGAAGUAGCGGGGGAAACCAUUACGGCUGUAUUAUGCUUACCAUUAUUUGUACCUUCGAUACGAAGAAAUCAGAUGUGUGCUAUGAUUGGAUAUUCCACCGGCUGGCUCCGAGUGUUUUCAGAGAAAGGAACAAUGCUGACAGCUCAACUUCUGGAGCCGGCGGCGAUCUUGUCGAUUAAAAUGCGAACACCAACUCCUGUUUUUAAAGUAUCACCGCAAAUGAUGUUGAACGAAGACGAAGAGAUUACUCUUUUGUUCGCGAACAAAAAAGUGGUUAGUAUCAAUGGUCAAACGCUGUGGAUGGUGCUUCGAGUAUGCGAUGGUCAACGGGAAAGCGGCAUAGAUGCUUCACGAUCGCAAGUAUCAUUUAGUUAUCAGAAAUGGGAAUUUCAAGGCCAAGAGAAUAUAACAGACGUAAUUAGUUUGGGCGCUAGUCCUUCCGAUGAACCUGGCCCUUUGAGCGCGGCGUCUUCUACUUCAACGUACGUAUUUCAGCCUGGAGCUACGUCACGAUACGUUGGUGUUGGGUCCAAUCCCAUGUUUUCCUAUUACGAGACUAGCGAAGUGAAUCGUCCAUUGACUUCGGCUGUAUCGAUGGCAAGUUACGUGGUGUCUCGCGUAGCUACACCGGUUCUGUCCCUGGCCAAGUCAUGGUGGACAGGCACUGCCAUUGGAAAUCAGGCUUCUUCUCGAUCCAGCAAACCUUCACCCUAUGUUCCCAACAUGCCCAUGCCUCCCAGCCAAAUCGAACCUGCUACCCCGAUUCGCGCGACUUUAUCACUCAGUGACGCCUUUCGCACCAUCCGAUAUGUCUCUGUAUGUCCCCCUUCCAGCAGUGAUCGUCAUCACAAACUCGCGGCGACCAGCGAUGCUCUCGGCCGUGUGAUUCUGUGGAGUCUGGAUGACGGUGAAAUGAUCCGCAUGUGGAAAGGAAUACGGGACGCAGUAUGCGGAUGGGUGGAAGUAUUUGAAGAUGAUCUAUAUUCUCCAAACGAAGAAAACAAUACAGGUCAGGGAAGCCGCAGCAAGCUACUUCGGUACGAGCGAGAACGGGCUAAAAUUUUGCUGUUUCUGGUCAUCUUUUCUCCUCGAAGAGGUCUUUUGAAAGUGAUCCAAAUGCGGCAUGGGCAUCAAAUUGGUGUAUUUCACAUUGGCUCUGGAUGGAAUCUCGUUAGUUGCGGACGCGAACCACUCGGUAGUAGUAUGGUCAGUAUCGAGCGACGACGAAUGGCGAUGAAAAAUGGCGAAGACGAAUGUGGGGCCUUGUCCAAAUGUUUCCUCAUCGGUCCCAAAGGAGAAGUGUGCAAUAUCAACAUCUACUUGAAUCACUAGAAAAACUCGAUUUUUUUUUCCCUUUUAUUUCCGUGUAUACCGCUUGUAAAACCAUAUGAAUAAUAGAUCUAGUCUCUCUA